ACUUCUUAAGUCAGGUUCCAGAAAGUUUAUAUCUUUUAACUUUCACCGAAAAUUUUAGACGUAGACAUAUAUUACACAAGAGGGGUUAUUUCUCAGAAAUUUAUUGAGGAUAAACGAAACCUCGUAAAGUGCUUAAAAAGGAUGCAGUUGGAAUGGGGAGAUGUCUCUUAACCGACUACGAAGCGGGACUGAUAGGGUCAAAGUCAAGCGCAGCGCAGUCAACGCUACAUCGCUCAACUGAUCUGACUCAAACAAGUGCCGCGCUCCAAAUUCAAACGUGACCAAAAAUAUACUCAAAUUUAUUUUACAUUUAUCAUCCGCGAAUCAGCAGAAAAGCGUUGUUACUCGCAAUGUCGAAUCUAAGCGAAACCCCUCCUAUUCAAAAUUUGGAAUGCGUCCUUCGAGAAUUUCUUGGAUCCCAACUCAAGAUAGAAAGCAUGCAAUGGAAACACCUAGUGGAUCCAGGUGAGAAUUUUGGAAGCCUGAUCCUGGCACUGAAUCUAAAUGUUAAAGAAAAUGGAAAAUCAGAAAAUUUGAACCUGAUCGCAAAACUUCCUCCCAAGUCAGAAUAUCUUGUAGAUCUGUUCAACAGUCCAAUGUCCUUCUACAAGGAGAUCUACUUCUACAAAAUCAUAGCACCAGAACUAAUAAAAUUCCAAAUCGAAAAUGGAAUGAAAAAAAGCGAGUUAAUCAAACUCGUGCCUCAAUUCUUUGGAGGUCGAUUGGGUGUGAAGGAUGGGGAAAAGUUUGAUGACCAGGCAACGAUCGUCCUUGAAAAUCUGAAGGUUCAAGGCUACGAUACAGAAGAUCGAAUUACUGGCAUGGACAAAGAACACAUGAUCUUUGCGAUUAAACAACUUGCUAGACUGCACGCAAUUCCAAUUUGUUAUAAAAUUAAAAAGCCCAAGGCUUUUAAGGAACUGAUAAUGCCAGGUUUGGCGUCUAUUUUCAAUGAAGCUACAAUCAGAUGUGUCGAAGAUAUGAUCAACAAAGCGGUCAAUACCCUUGAGACGAUGAAAGAAGCUCAACCAUACAUGGAGAAAGUUACCAAAACAAUAGAGUAUGGAGCUUCAAAGAUAGAAGAAGAACCAGAAGAACCCUGGGCUACUUUAGUUCACAGUGAUUUUUGGGUGAACAAUAUGCUCUUUAGACACGACAAAUCUGGUAAAAUAAUCGACAUGAAAAUGGUGGAUCUACAGUUGACUCAAUAUGAAAACGGCUGUCGUGAUUUGAUUUUCCUGAUAAUGUCGAGUGCGAAGCUAAAAGUUAUUGAUGAAAGUUUGGAUGAAAUGAUUGAUUCAUAUUAUUCUUCGUUUGUCGAUUGCUUUAGGACAUUCGAUGUAGAUGUGAAAGAUUUUUCCAGGGAGCAGUUCGAUAAGAAUUUGAUCGAGUCUGCUCGCAGGAAACUGGAUCAGUGCUUAAUGAUGGUGCAAGUGAUUCAAGCCACUCGUGGAUCUGCCCGCCGAGUGAACGAUAUCAAAAAUAAAGAUAACUUUCUAGACAUGGGUAGAAGCAAAGAAAAUGACGAGAAAUUGAUACAUAUUGUAGAAACUUAUGCUAGAAAAGGAUGGCUCGUGGGUUAGAUAGAAUUUAAAUAAAGGGGUCGUUUUAAAUAAGGUUCUAGAGUUUAAAAUAUUGUAAUAAGAGAAAGUAUCUCUCCUGAUUGGCAUCUUAAUGAUAGAUAAUGCAACAUGCUCUCGCUGUUUUUUUUUUAGAUUUUUAUAAAGUAUUAUAUUAAAUGACCUGGCUUUUAAAUUAAGUUUUAAUUUUUUGCUUUUUAGUCUAAACCGUUUUAUUAACAAGAUAUAACUUUAGACUUUCAAAUAAAAAGGAAUAAAUCUUUAUUUUGUCAAUGAAAGGUUUUAGAUUACAAAUCGUGGAUUAAAUUUUUUUGUGUUACUAUACCUGGUCUGAAAGAAAAGCCACAUAUGCGAUUAAUGUGAAAUAAGUAUUGUUAAUUUAAGAUUUACGUAAUGUGUUCGAAAAAUUUAGCAUGAAGAUGGGAUAAAAAUAACAGAAUCUGAUUUGUACAGAAUAUUUGUAAGAACUACAAAUAAAAAAUCGUUAGUACU